CCUGCCCUCUGGCGGCCAUCACUGGAUAUUCCUGGCAUUUCUUGUGGCCCUUGAUCAGAUCUGCAUGUUUCGCAGAACUCAAGGACGUAGCAGUGCAUCUCCUGUCUCUUGAUGAGCACCUAAGCGACUUGAACAGCCAUCAGUCCCGUCUACCCGCCGCUGAAAGCUUGGCUUCAACGGUGUCUUUCCCGGCUCGACGCCACCCAUGGAAUCCCACUCUUCCCGCCCCAAAAAGACUGACAUUGUUCGCAAGCGAACUGGCUGUCAAAAUUGCAAAAAGAAAAGAAGAAAGUGUGACGAGACACGCCCGGAAUGCCUCGCUUGCGUGAAGAAAGGAGUAAAGUGCAGUGGCUACGAGCGCCCCGUGACCUUCAGAGAUGUCACCACUCGGGCAGCCGAGUCUUCAAGGAAGUUUGAGGAGGCUAGAUGGGCGGCCCUACGUCUUGAGGAUGAGCGAAGGAAACGACGCCGCAUUGGGUUAACCGGGGAGCCGUCUCCUACUCCUCAGCAGUCACCAACGCCAGGAGAUGUCGUAGAAUUGCCGGCGAGAGAUGCUGCGUUGACAGUUCCGGCCCCGGCACCUAUGCCUCCAUGGCACUCGGCGAACGCUGAGGGCUGGCUCGCUGGGUCCUUCACUCUACCGUGGCCACUUUACGACACAUCUGUGAGCUCUUCCGCGGUUCAAGAUUUACCUCAGCAACAACAAGACGUAGCAAAGUCAAGCAACAACUUGAGGGAGCUAGAGCAAGCUACAACGUUCGAGAACUCUACCAACCGGUUGAUGCUGACAAGUGGAGUACCAAACAUCUCGGCACCAGUAGGGGAAGCCCAGAGCCCAGCCUUGACGACUGGCUGGGACGAGUUCCUCGUCACCGACGGUUCGUCUCCAGGGUCAUCCACGUCCACUUCAUCUCCCCUGGGCGGACCGACGGUCGACUGCCAGCUAUCGAUACCUCUAGAAGAGGUCCUUAUCCAGCACUUCGACAGGAACGUCCUUCCCCUGAUACCAGUCGCCCUCUCCUUUCCGAACCUUUUCCGACAGAGCAGCUGUUUCCGAUCAGCGGUACUAGCUCUGUCCGCUAGUAACAUUAAGCUGACGCAGCCUCUCCCCAUCGAUCCGCUCGUGCUCCGCCGGGUAUGCGACGACAGCAGCGUCUGGAUCUACUACGACACAGCAGUCAAGGGGCUCCAAGCCCAGCUUCAGAACGUUGAAAACUACCGAGGCGAGGAGCUUGCGGGCGCCGCAUUGCUGCUUGCAUACCACGAGCUGGAAGCCGGUACGGCUCUGGGUAUCCGAAAUCAUGCCACUGGUCUCGAUGCCAUAGCCUCCAAGCUCGACUUUGCCGCGUCGUCUAUCCCCGACCUCUUCAAAGCCUGGCGAAUGCUUCGCUACGAUGUUCGUUUCAUGAUGUUGCCGACGCGAGCGACCUGCAAUGUGGUAGACAAUUACGAUGUCUCGAGUUUACUAGACCCACAACUAGCCAUUCGGGAUAUUCUCUUCAGGUUACAUGGUCUUCAUGCACGCUAUGCGAUGGAGGCUACGUUCAGCCAAGACACCACCGCAGAAGGGAAUAGCGCUUCAGAGAAAGUCGCACUGUGGCUCAUGUCCGUUCUCGGCCGGGAAUCGGAUCGCCGUAAUGUGCGUCUCAAGGAUUUUCACAAAGUAAACCUCACGCCGGACAUGAUAUUGCGGCAGUGCAAUGUGUUUUCUCAUCGGCUGGAUAAUUGGCACAAGGGGCUUUGCACCCAUGACAUGCCGGUCGUUAACCUUGGUACGGAUUCGGAUCUGAUCAGUGGCGCUACGUUUGAGACUUUUGUCACCUACCGUUUCGGCGACACGCGUAAGGCUCUUGAGUACGUGAUUUAUCUCGUGUGCAGGAUGACGUGCAGCUACCUGCGGUCUCUAUUCGACCCGUCUGUGCAGUCUUCGGGCACGGAUGCCCUUGCCAAGGUAAUUCUUGGUAUUGUUUGUGGCAUGAACAUGCAACAGCGGCAGCAAUUCACUAUUCUUCGGGUGGAUGUCCUGCUCAGGAUGGCUGCAGGCUUGUCUGAGGGCACAAACUUCAUCACCACGGUUCUUGACUAUCUGCUUCCAAGACUGAUUUCUUCGGGUCUCACUGGUCCUGACAUUGUUGCGUGGGUUUACUUGAAGUCAGCGUUGGAGCUUGAGCUUAGGGAAAGACGGAAGGGCCGGGCAAUCAGGAUGACCAUCGAUGGAGUCGAGGAGGACUGUGAGAUGUGGCAGUUGGUGAACAGGCAUCCCGUGGCUGCUUUUGGGGACUACAAUGGAAAGGGGUACUUCAGGGAUUGCUAUGUCAUUGAGUGUCUAGGCUGAAAGGCAUGAGGUGGAAAUGAUCGACAAUAUCUUUGUUCGAAGCGCCCUGCAGGUCUUUCCUAUGAUUCAAGCCUUAGUACGCAUAAAACAGAACGUUUUCGUUCUCGGAUUGCCGAAUCUUCUUGUUCUCACUCUUGAGCCAGAACCGCAUCGCCCACGCACCCAUGGCAGUCGUCAGUACGUCUAAUAACAGAAGAGCACGAGAUUCAUGCCUGCAUC